AAUGGUUAGUAUAUCCAGGCACCGGGGAGGCAUGGAAAGCAACAGAACUGUGUUUGAUUUAUUUUGCCCAUCUGUUGACAUCUUUACAACUUGAUCAUCAGUCCAGAACGUCAAGAUCGCGCGCAACAGCAUGGUUUCCCGCCACCUCUUAUUCUGGCAAAUGCACUAUGAGAUAGGCUAAGGUUUAAUGAAAUGGGCAGUUAUUGAACUGAUUUGCAUAGUAACUAUAGAUUGAAUGUUUGCAUUCUGUGUGGCUCUCUGGGCUUGGAUGAGAUUUCUCAGCAGUUUAAUAACCUGUACAACUGACUUUUGAUAAUAAUUUGGACUAUUUCGUUAUGUUUAGGCUAUAGCCUAGUGCUUGUGUUAUUCAUAUUUGAUGAGAUGAUUCAACUGGCAUCAUUGAACGAGAGUCUACUCACUUAAUUUAGUAGUAACAUUGAACGACAGGCUACUCACUUAUUCGCUACCGUGGUGAGGUAGACUACAUCGUCCAUCUUAGUCUCUCUCUCUCUCCCCUUCCCAACUCCUCUAUCCCCCUGUCUGUCACACACGCUCUCUCUCACUCUCUCUCUCUCACACACAGUCCUGUUGAGCAAAUGAGCGCUGCUCUUAUUCGGGUCUUUGGAUUUGCAGUGAGUGGCAUGUUUCACAGCGUCUAGCCCUCUGACCAGCUUCUGUAUGUACAUGCAUGGACAGGACACGAUCUGAACCUCUAUCGCAGACCACACUUGCAUCAAAAGCGCCUGGAAAGACUCUGAACACUGAAUUUGUGCCGACAGGCUGAAGCUCCAUUGGUGGGAAAGGAAAGAGACCAAGACCCAAGAGAUACACUGACAGACAAGAAGAGAGAUAGCCUCAGUGGUCCCUAACUCUCUAACGGUAAGGGUAGCAGAGGAGACAUACAAGAGGCAGUGAGUGUGUUCAGGAGAGCCAAGGGCAUUUGGGCUGCCGUACCCCUUUAGCCAUCUAGUGGGCGCCCUCCUCUCUCAUAUCAGGCCUGGAGGGCCAUUGGCCACCUGAAAGACUCCUCUCUCUCUACCACCUUCCACCACUCCCUCUAUCAGUCUCUCUUUUCAACAACGUAACGCUAAUCAACCCUCGUUGCCAUGGAGAAGACAUACUCCCUCACGGCCCACUACGAUGAGUUCCAGGAGGUCAAGUAUGGUGGUCGCUAUAGCAGCGGCACCCUUAGCAACGGCAUGAGCCUGCACUUGGGUGGGAGCCUGGACCGUAAUGUUGGGCGGGGCCGAGGCAAAGGGGGCGGGGCUAGUGAUCGGAAUCGGGACCUGAGUGGCAUCAACAGCGGACAGGGACUUCCUCGAUGGAGCCGCAGGGAGAUCUGCCUGCUCUCUGCUCUGGUGUUUGCUGCGGGGAUGUGUGUCAUCCUGGGCAGCAUGCUGGCACUCAAAUAUAUCUCCCUGGACUUCCAGCAGGAGGCGCACUGCAGACAGGACUGCCAGAAGAAACGCUCGUUAGUCCGAGCCGCACGCUUCGUCCAGGCCAACAUCGACCCCACCAUCCAGCCCUGCCAGGACUUCUACAGCUUUGCCUGCGGCGGCUGGCUACGACGCCAUGGCAUCCCAGAGGACAAGCUGAGCUACGGCAUCAUCACCGCCAUCGGAGAGCACAACGAGGAGAAGCUACGACGCCUCCUGCUGGAGCCCGUGCGCCGGCGCACCGUGGACUCGGCUGAACGCAAGGUGAAAGAGUUCUACCGCUCCUGUGUGAACAUCCAGGAGAUUGACAAGCUGGGGUCUGGGCCCAUGUCGGAGGUGAUUGACAGCUGUGGCGGGUGGGACCUGGUUGGAGCGCCCUCUGGUGGUGCGGGGUGGGAGAGCAGUACUGCACCAGCCAGACCAGACUUUGAUGAGCUGCUCUAUAGGACCCAGGGGGUGUACAGCACGGCUGUCUUCUUCUCUCUCACUGUCAACGUAGACGAUAAGAACUCCUCACGCAACGCUAUCAGGAUUGAUCAGGAGGGGCUCACACUGCCUGAGAGGACUCUGUACCUGGGGCAGGAUGAGGACAGUGUGAAGAUCCUGGCAGCUUACAAGGCCCUGAUGGAGCGUCUGCUAAGCAUGCUGGGAGCUCACAAUGCCACUCAGAAGUCCAAAGAGAUCCUACAGCUGGAAACACGCCUGGCCAGCAUCACUGUGUCUGAGUAUGAUGAACAGAGAAAGGACAUCAGCAUUAUGUACAACCGCAUCACCCUGAGACAACUACAGCGCAUCGCUCCCAGUCUGCACUGGAAACGUUUGUUGGACAGAAUCUUCCAUGAUAACUUCUCUGAGGAUGAAGAGAUUGUGGUGUUGGCUACUGACUACAUGGAGAAAGUCUCCGAGAUCAUCAAGACCACCUCCAAAAGGGUUCUCCAUAACUACAUGCUGUGGCGGAUUGUAGCAGCUCUCAGUGAACACCUGUCCACGGCGUUCCGGAGCACCAUCCAUGAGUUUUCCCGGGAGAUUGAUGGUACGGAGCGUCAGCUGGAGCUGGGGAUGCUGUGUCUCACCCAGGCUAACAAACACUUCGGCAUGGCCCUGGGAGCACUCUUCGUCAAGCAACACUUCUCCUCUCACAGCAGGGCCAAGGUACAGGAGCUGGUAGAGGACAUAAAGCACUCACUGGACCUCCGGCUGCAAGAGCUGGACUGGAUGGAUGAGGUGACCAAGGAGGCAGCCAGGGCCAAGCUGCAGCAUAUGAUGGUGAUGACAGGCUAUCCAGACUUCCUCCUCAAACCAGAGCUCAUAGACCAGGAGUACGGGUUUGAUGUGGAUGAAAAUACCUAUUUCAAAAACAUCCUCAACAGCAUCAAGUUCAACAUCAAGAUGUCUGUCAAGAAGAUCCACAAGCAGGUGGACAAGACUGCGUGGCUCCUUCCCCCUCAGGCCCUCAAUGCCUACUAUCUCCCAAACAAGAAUCAAAUGGUAUUUCCCGCUGGAAUCCUUCAGCCCACGCUGUACGACCCUGAGUUUCCACAAUCUCUGAACUAUGGAGGAAUAGGAGCCAUCAUCGGUCAUGAGCUGACACAUGGAUAUGAUGACUGGGGUGGCCAGUAUGAUCGCCAUGGAAACCUGAAGCAGUGGUGGACGGAGGAGUCAUACAAGAAGUUUCAGAAGAAAGCAGAGUGCAUCGUCAAGCUCUACGACAACUUCACCGUCUACAACCAGAGGGUGAAUGGCCGUCUGACUCUGGGGGAGAAUAUAGCAGAUAUGGGAGGCCUUAAACUGUCUUACUUUGCAUAUCAGAAGUGGAUCAGAGAACAUGGCCCAGAAAGACCUCUCCCUGGACUCAAAUACACACAUGAACAACUACUCUUCAUCGCCUUCGCACAGAACUGGUGUAUGAAGAGACGGUCUCAGUCCAUAUACUUGCAGCUACUGACUGACAAGCACGCACCAGAGCAUUACAGGUACAUACACUUCCUCACUUUCCUGAUGUGCAUCAGCCUAUCACAGGCCAUACCUAAUAUGACUCCCCUCUCCGAUUGGACUGUUCUCUCUCUAUCCCCUCUACCCCUGCAGGGUGAUUGGCAGCGUGUCCCAGUUUGAUGAGUUUGCCCGAGUGUUCCACUGUCCAAAGGGUUCACCCAUGCACCCUGUUGACAAAUGUUCUGUAUGGUGACCCCUCAACACUGACCUCUGAACUUCACCACCCACCAACAACUAGAACUUACCUGUGACCUGAACUAAAUUCUUCUAACCAACCUAUCAGACAUUAUGUUCAGUUUCACUUUUACUUCCAUCUCAAUCCUGGGACUACCUUUUCCUAUUAUCACAGAAUUUGCAAGCAAAUAAUGUCAUCACCACCAGGCAAAACCAUGAUCACUUCACUGUCUACUCAUGUAGAUAUCCAGUGCUUGACUUGGGCAGGAGCUCCCCAGAGCAGAGUACCGGCACCUCAAAUUUUCUACUGCUUGAGCUCCUGUUUCUCUUAUAAAAUAUUAGCUCAAAGUAUUGUGGAGCUCUUACACCUAAAUAAACAGUGCCGGCACCCAACAUGAGUAUCUGCACUCAUUUAAGCAUAUCAUUUAAUUAUAUAUUUGUAGAUAUACAUCUAUUUUUUUCAACAGAUGUACUGUAUCAUGGGAUUACCUUUUUGGUUUUGAUUUGUGUGAUGUCAAUUCAUUAUAAUUAUUUGAAUCACUUUUGAUAGUAGUCAAGUGUUAUUAAAUCCAAUUUAAUGCAACAGGUUCAGAGUUGGUGUAUUCAAGAACUUUGUGUAGAAGGGAUUGGGAAUGGGGAUUGUACUGCCUGAAUGACAAUGGCCAGUAUGGACUGCACUCACUGGGAUCAGUGUUGCCUGCCAAUGUUUUUGUGAGUCUUUUCUAUGAGGUAAAUAGUGGACACCGUGCUGCCAUGCUGCCCUCAAGUGGCUGAACAAAGAAGUGGUCUCCACUGUGGAGUCCUUGUUCGUCUUGACUGUUGUUUCUUGUCUGGUCUUGGCCUUGUGGACAUCAUUGGAAUGGUGUUACUGUGAGUAUGUGUGUGUUUGUACGGUUUUGAAGGUCCCUUUUCUAAUGAGAGUGGAAUCCAUAGUGACCUUUUGCUCAGGAUUUGUAGCUAAGUGUAUGUCCAGUGGCCAAAGUGCCAAAGAAUAGUGAUGGAACAUCAUGGAUUAGUCCGUCUAAACCCUUAACCCCUCCACUCCUACCUUAGUGUAAAUCAUGGUGAACUAUGCUUCACGAUCCACCGGAUACUCCAAACUCCUCACAACCCCAUGUCUCACUGUCAUACCCUAGAGUAUGGAUUCUUUAGCAAGAAGACUGUGUUUCUAAGAUGGAAGCAUGGUCCUGUUGAACAACGUCAUCUAUCCUAUUGGACAACUUCAACUGAGAGUCAUUUCGAUUUGACAUUAUGGACUCGGAGCCCUUCCUAUUGGAUUAUGUUAACUCCGGGGCCUUCCUAUUGGAUUAUGUUAACUCCGGGGCCAUCAUUGAUACAGCACAUACUCUCUCUGAUGAACUUUGAUGAAUGCCCCUGGCCUGGUCUGCAUAGCCAAGAAGCUUUCAAAGGAAGGAUCAAUAUGACUGAUAUUCCACGGUCAUAACAAAUCAUCUACAUGCUGUACACACAAAACUGUGACUCCAGUCAAGUCAGAGAAAAAAAGAAAAAACAUUUGUACAGUGAUAUAAAAAAUAUAUUAUAAUUUUGUAUAAAGAAUCUAAAAAAUAAGAACAAUCUAUGUAUAAGUUAUAAUUGUACAGUUCUUUUUCUGAAAACAGCAUGUUCAAAACCAGCUUUACAGUUAAGACUGAGAUAAAAGGAUGACAUUACACACAGUUCUCAGCAUUCAGCUGCCAUGUCAUAUAUGUGGCUGCUAUCUCAUAUAUGUGGCUGCUAUCUCAUAUAUGUGACUGCUAUCUCAUAUAUGUGACUGCUAUCUCAUAUAUGUGGCUGCUCGUGCUCGCUCAUAUUUCUUGGUGUUCAAUGUUUUAAAUAAAUAAAUGGGAUCACUGUGA